GAGGGGCCUGAAGCCGGGGAGAGGGGCCAGCGGGAGGCCGGGGAGAGGGGCCUGAAGCCGGGGCCAUGUCUAUCUUCACCCCCACGAACCAGAUCCGCCUGACGAACGUGGCGAUUGUCCGCAUGAGGAGGGCGGGGCUGCGCUUCGAGAUCGCGUGUUACCGCAACAAGGUGCUGAGCUGGCGGAGCGGAGCCGAGAAGGACCUGGACGAGGUCCUGCAGACACACACAGUGUUUACUAAUGUAUCAAAGGGACAAGUGGCAAAGAAGGAGGAUUAUGUCAAAGCGUUUGGAGUGGAUAACCAGACUGAAGUCUGCAAGCAGAUUCUGGCGAAAGGCGAGUUACAAGUGUCCGACAAGGAGCGACAUGCACAGCUGGAGCAGAUGUUCCGAGACAUAGCAACUAUCGUGGCCGAGAAGUGCGUCAAUCCCGAGACAAAGCGGCCGUACACAGUCAACCUGAUUGAACGAGCCAUGAAGGACAUCCACUACUCGGUUAAAGCCACCAAGGGCACAAAGCAGCAGGCGCUGGAGGUAAUCCGACUGCUGAAGGAGACUAUGCAGAUCGAACGCGCUCACAUGAGGCUGCGGCUCCGACUCCCACCCAAAGAAGGGAAGCGCCUCAAAGAGAAGCUGAAACCCCUCAUCAAAGUCACCGAGAGCGAAGAAUUUUCCACCGAGCUAGAAAUUGUUGCAUUGAUUGACCCCGGCUGCUUCAGGGAAAUGGACGAUUUGAUCAGUCGGGAAACGAAGGGGAAAGGCUCUCUGGAGGUUCUCAGCUUAAAGGAGGUGGAAGAGGGAGAUGAGAAGCUGGAAUGAACUGUUUGUUAACAGAAUAAACUAUUUAAAGCAACAA